AUGAAGAACGGAAAAGAGUGUGACAAAGUGAACUACCUCGGCGUGCUGGACAAGUUAUUGGAGGAUUAUGACAGACGCGCCACGCCCACCAACCACCUCAAUAACGCCACCACUGUGAUGUGCGAGCUCUACAUUAGAAGUUUCGGAUCCAUCGACCCAAAUUCAAUGGACUACCAAGUGGACCUGUAUCUGAGGCAGGCGUGGGUGGACAUGAGGCUUAACCACGUGAACCUGACAGAGCCUUUGGACCUGAAUGACCCAAACCUCGUCAAGGCCCUCUGGAAGCCCGAGGUCUACUUCCCCAACGCCAAGCACGCAGAGUUCCAGUUCGUGACGGUACCAAACGUGCUGGUGCGAAUCAACCCCAUGGGCGAGAUCUUGUACAUGCUGAGACUGAAGCUCGUGUUCGCCUGCAUGAUGGAGCUCUCGAAGUUCCCGCUCGAUUCACAAGUUUGUACCAUGGAGAUCGCAAGCUUUUCCAAGACCAUGAAGGAGCUCAACCUCUCCUGGAAGAACGACGCGCCCAUCAAGAUGUACAAGAAUAUGAGGAUGCCCCAGUUCGAGAUGGAGCAGAUCGUCCCCACCACCUGUCAAGAGUCCUUCCAGAUCGGUAACUACAGCUGUCUGGUGGCGGAGUUUCACAUGCGCCGCGCUAUCGGCUUCCACCUGGUCCAGAGCUACCUGCCCACCAUCCUCAUCGUGGUCAUCUCGUGGGUCUCCUUCUGGAUGGACGUGGACUCGGUACCCGGCAGGACCACUCUAGGCGUGACAACCCUCCUCACUGUGUCCUCCAAGUCUUCGGGUAUCCAGGCUGGACUCCCACAGGUUUCUUACGUGAAGGCCAUUGACGUGUGGAUGGGCGCUUGCACAGCCUUCGUGUUCUGCGCCCUUCUGGAGUUCACCUUCGUCAACUACCUGUGGCGACGCAGACCCCAGAUGGAGCUUCGUCUGCGAGGGGGUUCGAACGGGACCUGCCUGGCUGACCGCUUCCCCAACCUCGGCACCAGCUACCCGACGCCCCAGAAGUCCCCCAGCGCCAUGCCCAGCAGCACGGAGGUCAAGAUCAACCAGGGCAGCGGCGCAGUAGUGACCACCCCCGGCAGCAACGCCCCCGGGAGCUCUGACACCCUGAAGGGCGGCUCCUCCCCCUGCCAGGACGACCCGGCGCAGGUCACGGCCCAGAUCGUGCGCGCCUUCAAGCAAUCCAACAAGAUCAAGGCCCGCCAGAUCGACGAGUACUGCCGCGGCCUCUUCCCGCUCCUCUUCGGCCUCUUCAACAUCUUCUACUGGUGCUACUACAUGCUUUAGGUCCUCUCCUCCUCCUCCUCCGCCUCUCAAGAACAUACACUAACUCUGAUUCUUAGCUUCAAAACACUAAGCGUCGGGACGGUUUGCGGGUUUGUGGUGUUAGUGAAAGACUUGACGGAGCAGUGGCGGGCGGCGCCACGUCUGCAGGAGGCGUGUGUGUAGCCCCGCGGGUGUGGUCUGUGAUUCGCCGCGGCUCUGGCGGCUCACUGUGACAAACACUGACUCAGUACUUGAAUUAUUGUGAUGUCAAGGCUGCGGAGGCCCGGAUGAUAGAGAAAGAGUGAGACAACCCUCUCCCACCCGAGGAGAGCCGCUGGGCAAGUCGAGGACACGCAGCAGCUGCAGUCUUAUUCUAGAUUCAUAGAUAUUUUUGUAUAAAGAUACGUCACUGAAUCUGCCUCCCGGACCCUCUUAUCUCUGGUGCGCGUUUCUGUCUCCGCCCCACAGACACUGUCGUGUGUGGCAGGGACGGACUAUUACACAGACUGUUUGUUUGUUUGUUUGUUAGCGUUAAGGUGCCAGGCCGGUGCCGGGGUGGCGAGGGUGGCGGUGGCGCGGGCCGCGGCGCGCCGCGCGAGACAUGGCAGCGGUGGUGGUGCCGCUGCCAAGCCGUGGCCGCGACCCGCCGCGCCAGGCCGCCGCCCCCCACCGCCCCGCGCCGGCCCGCGGCACGCCUAAGGUACAUUAGCUUUAUCAUUAAUGUCAGAUGUAGCGUAAGGAAGCGCCUGGCGCCCAAACCCUCAAGACUCCCUAAGAGAGCCACAUCGAUACGCUUGUAUGCAUGUAUGUGUAGAAACACUUGUACACACAUGUAUAUGCAUACGUGUUAGGCUAACCUACACAUACUGUGCAUAAUCAAUGCAUAAUUUCUGUGCAUGUUGUAAAAUAUUUAAUGCAUAAUACAUAAACAUCAAAAUAUAUUAUACACGCGUGUCUGUACAGGAACACUUGUGGUGUCUGUGUGUCGCCCCACGCGGGGUGUCGCGGCGCUGUGACGUGUGUCGAGGCGCGGCCAGAAUCACAAUGAGGCGUUAUUGAGGAGCGGCGGCUCACUAAACCGCUGAGCAGCUGAACCGCCGAGCCGCAACCCCCCGCGUGGUACCGUAGCGGCACGCCACGCGCCGCCCGUCGCAGAGGCCCCCCGAGGCCAGGGCCAGGGCGGCGCGCUGCAGCGUGGCGACACACGGCCAAGAGAGAAACUCUAUUGUACAGAGUAUUCAUAAGCCUCUAUUUUCACUAGACGCGAUAAGGACACUUUGUCAGUAUUUACGCCGCGGUGUGAGCCCGGCGGGGCCCGGGUGAACGGGCGCUGAUGUAAAUACGAAGGGACGGCCGCUGUGGGUGCCCGCCACCGGCCCCGCCGCUCAGCCGGGCGAUGCCCUGCACGGGGCUGUGUACAUAGUCACCGCUUAGUAGUGCAGCCUGGGGCGGCCUGCCUGCAACGACCCUCCCCCCCUCUCCCGCCCCCUGACCUGCUGCUGUCCUGCGCCACUCGCCCCAAACACUCGCCCGCCCCCGUGCCGCCGUGCAGCAGCAGCGGCCCAGGACCCAGAGGCACAAAGCGACAGGCGGGACCCAGCUGACAGUCACAUGACAAUAAUUCUCCCCGACGUGCAUCAGCGAGUUCCGUCACGGCCUCGCGCCCAUUCCCUGGCAGCCCCUAGCCAAGGGUCCGCCACGGCCAGUGAUCGCCACCACGGCGCCGCCCUCCUGCCCGCGCCUUGCUGUGCCUGUACAGAGGAAGGUACGCACGGAACAGGCGGCAGACGAACAUUCAGCUUGUCACCUCUCGUGGCUGGUCACCAACACUUGUGGCAGCGGCGGGCGUGCUGCGGGUAUUUGCCUCUAAUGGCGGCCUGCAGACCGCGAGGGGGCGGGCCGCCACGCUGCCGCGUGCACAACACAUCUCCCAACACACUCUGAAAGUGAACCUUUGAAUGUAAGUGACAAAUGGAGAAACUCCGCGGGUCGCUCCCUGGCAAUGACAGGAAGAAUUACUCGCCUCGCCGCACACUGGUGUGAAGGACGAGUCCCGCGGGGCAGAGCAGCGGCUCCCUUCCCCAUGCCCCCCAAACACCCCCCGCGGUGCAGGCCGCCUCACCAGGACUCCUAAGCGCUGUUGGUAGUCCACACCCAAGUUCUUUUUUAAUCAAACUCCCCGCCCCGCACCCCCGCCCGCCGCCCUGGCCGCCUCGCCUCACACGUUUCUUGGCCGCUUCGCCGCGUCGCGUUCCUCGUUUACUAUUAACACAUCACGGUAGGCAAGGCGUAUUGUAGAAGUUGCUCUGUGUUAUAAACAAAUAUUACUACUAAUAAUAAUACUAACAAUAAUAUAACAGUAAUGAUGAUGAUAAUAAUAAUAAUUCUAUGGCGCUUCCUCUGGUAGACUAUUUUUGAUCGCCUUCAUUUGUUUUUUUUCUUUUAAGUUCUGUACAGGAUUUAUUACCGAUCUCAAUUUCUUUCCGAAGCACGAGUCUCCCGCUACGCUAACCCUUUCUACACCCUCCCCCUCCCCCUCACCGACGCUGUGUAUACUACCGCGAACUACUACAAGAUGACAUACUUGGGUCGUUCCCCGUAGCGCUUUCUAUCUAUCCACACACCAGGUAAGCCCAGUACUGCAUUACCGACACUCUGCGUAGAUUCCUCAUGUAUUAUACGUCUCUUAUACGGCUUCAGGAGUACAAAACUAAAGUAACACUCUUUUUUGUGUGAAUUAAAACAAGAAGAAAAUGUUGAUUCAGAAACGCUACGUACUAAACAGAUUAAGUUUAGUAUUGGAGAAAAAACGCUUGUGCACUGAAACUCACACACACACACACACACACACACACACACACACACACACAGCACGUUGAGUAAUGAGAAAAAUCUGCAUCUUAUUGAACAUAUGAAUGCGUGGAUAGAAAGGAGGAGAGGCUGAAGGAGAGGAAGAGAUAUAAAGAGGAGAGAAAAGAACGAAAGAGGGAAAACGGGAAUGAAAAUUAUAUGAAACAACAAUAAGAAAAUUUUUCCUGCGCUUCACAAGAAAACCAUGAAUGUAUCUCUCUCUCCAGUUAAUCAGAAAAUCAUAUAAAUUCAACCAAAAAUAUUAUAAACCAACAACUUUAACUAAUACUUGGCUACAGAAUGAACGAAAUAAGUCUGGAAUUAUGAACAGAAAGGAGAAAAUGAAGCUUGAAUAUAUCUCUUUCGAGUUAAGAAAAUCAUUUAAAUUCAACCCAAAUAAAACAUAAUAAACCUUCAACUUCAACCAAUAUACACUUCUCGAAUGAACGAAAUAAAUAUGUGAUGACGAACAGCUAAGAAAAAGUAAAUCUACAACUUGAAGUAAAAAUUCGCCUCAGAAAUGAACGAAAUAAGUCCGAAAAGCUGAACAAACACAGAAAAUAAACCCUGACACUUCCAAAGCUUCAAUGUCAGGUGUAUACGAGUGGAAUCUAACCCAAUGUGACGCCCCGACCUGAAUCCCCUUUGAGCUGCACCUGGCAAACAAAAGACAGUCGGCUAACGUGAUCCUACUCAGGCACAGGCCGCGCUAACUACAUUCAGCGCGCGAACCACCUGCCUCUCACCUGCCCUUCUCUUUCAUCUGUCCUCCUCUCUCCUCUCUUCCUCCCUCGCCCGUCGACCCUUCAUCCGUUUAUCCUUCUCCAUCUCUCCUGCUCCUCCUCCUCCACUCCCUGCCUCUCUUUCUUCUUCUUUUCCUAACUUUUCCUCUCUUUUCCCACCACUUCCUUCCCCUCCCCUCAAAUCGUCAUCCGUUUAUCCUUCUCCGUCUCUCCUGCCACUCCUUCCUCCUUCUUUCCCUAACCCGUCCGCCCUCUUACGUUCCUUCCCUCUCUCCUUCCUUUCCCCUCACUCUCCUGCUUCUCUUCCCCUUUCCUCUCUCUCUUUCCCUUUUUCUUCCCCUCAUCUUCCCUCUCUCUUCCCGCACUCCCUUUCUCUUUUACUUCAUCUUUAGUCUCUUCUCCCUCCCUCUCUAUCUCUCUGUCUAUCAUACUAAGCAUCCAUUUCUUCCUCCAUUCCAUCAUUACUUCCCUUUCAUCCCUUUUUGCCCAUACCUUCCUCUCUCACUCCCUCUCCCUUUCUCUCCCUUCCUCCCGCCUCCUUUUUCUUACUCUAUCAAAAUCCUUUCCUGUCCCUCCCUAUCCUUCUCUCUAUCGUUCCAUUUCAUCAUUAUCUCCCUUUCAUCCCUUCACACUUCCCAUCCUCCUUCCCCUUCCCCUCCUCUCUCGCUCUCCCUCUCCCCGUAACGACACACCAGCCAAGGCAUGACAGACAGGCAGUGACAGAUAGACAGGUGUGCGCUCAGACAGGUGACUCGCUCAUUCAUCAGGCGACAGACAAACACCUGCCUCGGCCUCCUCCUCCUCCUCCUGCUCCUCCUCCUCUUGCUGCGUCAUGUCGAAUUUGUCGCAGUAUUUCAUCAGCUGCAAGAACUACGAUGGCAACAACAACAACAACAACAACAACAGCAACAACAACAACAACAACAACAACAA